CUGGUGGCGUUUAGGUGUUGGGAUGUCCAUUUCAGGUCCAUUUCUACCACAUUCAUAUGUCGUCUUUUCAGUCACACGAGCGCACAGGAAUUGUUUCUUAAGGGGUAGAAAAGCUAAAAGAGCACUGGUGUCCUCACAACGUCGGCCGUAAGCGGUCGAGUGGUUUUCACCAAGUUGACAGCGUUUCGACACCACUUGCUGCGAGGUCAGGCACGUCUGUUGCGAAGUUACAGCGCUUGGAGGAAAAUUGACGCAGCACGAAACGAAAGCAAAAAUUGCGCUCCGCGUUGCUAUAGAUCACACGCUGCUGCAGAUUACUCGAAAUGCACUAAGCAACACCUCGUAGGAAGGCGGCGCCAACAGCUUGCAGGGCCAUGGAUCUGCCAGAGAUUGCGAAGCGUUUGGGAUACCUUGUUUACUUCGUCAGCCCGAAUGAGACGUCGUUUGAGAAGCUCGAAGACGUUCCCGACUACAUUGUACAGGUUGUGCCUCUGUUUACGGCGUUCCUGCUGGUCGAACUGAUAUUCAACUUCCUGCAGAAGAACAGCGACCGUUUUCAACUUGACGAUGGCCUGACCUCGAUAGGACAAGGCAUUAUUCAAGAGUUGUCCCGCCUCUUCACGGAAGGCACCCUCCUGGCCGGCUAUAUCUACGUGUACAACAAUUUCAGGAUCCUCACGCUGCCUUGGAAUUCCACGGGGACAUGGUUCUUCGCUAUGCUCGCCAUCGACUUCGCAUACUACUGGGUUCAUCGCUGGGGUCAUGAGGUCAAUCUGGCCUGGUCGGGCCACCAGGUACACCACAGCUCCGAGUUCUACAACCUCACAACGGCGAUGCGCCAAUCGGCUCUGCAAGCUUACUAUGAACCCGUCCUAUACCUUCCUCUGGCGCUGGUGGUGUCACCGAGCGCGUACAUGGUGCAUCGACAGUUCAACCGACUAUACCAGUUUCUCAUACAUACCGAGACGGUAGAGACGCUGGGCCCGCUAGAGCUAGUGCUGAACACUCCGAGUCACCAUCGUGUGCACCAUGGCAGGGACCGCUACUGCAUAGAUAAGAACUACGGUGGCACGCUGAUCAUCUGGGAUCGUCUUUUCGGCACAUUUGCGUCUGAACAACGCCGGCCGGCGUACGGGCUGACCCAUUCCGUGAACACGUUUGACCCAUGGACUCUGCAGAUGCACCACUUCCUGUACAUAUGCCGGCAAUUCUCGACCAUCAAGGGACUAGGCAACAAGCUUUCCACCUUGUUCAAAGGUCCUGGAUGGCAACCUGGCAAGCCGAGAUUGGGAGAUCCGAACGACAUUCCAGACGUACGCAGGCCCGUGGAAACGUACGCGCCGAAAACCACGCUGCUAUGCAAGAUUUAUGUAACACUGCACUUUGCCAUUGUAGUCAUCGGCUAUGUGAAGCUGAAACAUUGGAGUCCAGUUAUAUCUACCGGCACGCUACUUUGUGGAAUUGCUUACACCUUCUUCUCGCUUGGCGCAAUGGGGGCAUUCUUGGACAAGAGGAGCAAUGCCUGCGCACUGGAGGCGUUUAGGUGCGCCCUGAUGCUGGUGCUGGACGCCCGCGUCUUCCACUUGUCAGCGAUGGCCGAGUCGGCGGCUGCCAUCGCGUUCCUGAACAUCGUCAGGGCAACGUACGCAGCUUCGUUGCUAGGCUGUGUCGCCCUCAGCGUACGAGGUGUCAUGUGGAGUGUCAAAGAAAAAGUGGCCUGAGAUCGAGUCUAGCUACGUGUACAUGUAUGCAGAAGAAGAAUCGAAUGCAGUGUUGCGUAUGAUUUUAUACGUGCUUAAAUACAUUACCGGUGACUUCUCAACUGCUGUUCUUUUCGUGACCAUGCCCCUUGGGCAUAUCUCAUGAGCGCAGUUUGCCAAAGACGUUUGUUUGAUUUGUCCUGACGGCGAGUGUGCCUUACCCAAGUUGUCGUGCCUGUUAAUGUAAUGGUAAGGAAGUAGAUUGUAGUAACAUUAUCUCGAAUGCUGAAUUGUCUUGUGGCCCUAUGUGUGACAGGGGCCUCAAUGAAUUAAAUCAGGGAGACAUGACAAAGUCACAACGCUUAUAUUUUUGUGAGAAACGCUCCAGACGCUUCAGACUGGUUGCUCUACACUAUAAUUGUGAUGUAGUUUCUGCUACUACGUCAUGUACUAUGUUGUCUAAGAGAGAUUAUGUUGCAUAUGGUCUUCCAGCCUAAACUAUAAGUCACUUUUUCUUUCUUUUUUUUAACGAACACCAUAUACUGCGCAUAAAUGCACAUGAAUGUGUAUACGUGAAGAUAACCUCUUUGUUAUAAACCUGAAUAAUAAUUUAUGUUACUUUUAUUCGCAAGCCUAACCCUUACAAAUUCAUCCUACUUCAGUAAGAGUGCUUGAAGUUUCUGCACUCCCCCGUUAAACUGUAUAACGUUGCUUCUCAAUAAAUUGAGUCAGAAUUUCAAAAUUUUCGAUAACUGGAAAUUAUUACCACCUAAACGUUCCACCACUCGAUGCUCGUAAAAACAUGUUUACAUUUUUUUUUCCAUUACUCUGAUUGCUGGAAUCCUUUACCGGGAAUUUUUCGCGGACUGUCAUUCGAGUUCAUGACAACUGAUAAUUGGUUUCAGUGCUGUGUAAGUAUUUCUUUCUGUUGCCUGAUUCAUCGCCAGCUCCUGUUAUUACCCAACUCCUGUUAUUAUCAUGUGUGGGACUCAGUACAUUGAUAUAAAGCAAUAAGACAAACAUGCUGGUUAACCUCAUGACAGUUGUUUUUAUCAAUAGCUUUUUA